UUUGGAUAACAAGCAGCGCGGAGCUGGAUUCGCGCAAUAGCGUUCUGCCGACCCAUCUCAGCACGCCGUCCUCAAGGGGCAACGGGAGCCGGCCCACUGCUAAACGGUGAGACACAGGAACGCAGGAACAAAAUGCCGUCACAGACUCAGUACUAUACCUCCUCAGCAGCUAUGACUGGAAUCUUGCAGCCUCAGAUCUCUGACUGUGGAACCCAGACCUUCAGAGCAGUAGACCCUUACCCCGUCAAGGUUGUAGCACGCAUUCGCCCAGCGACUGGAUUCCAGUUCAGGAACAUCUCUCCACCCAGAGGUAAACCAGUGUGGAAUGAUCCCAGAAAAACACGUGAACAGUGGACUGGUGCUUUAAGGAAGUACAAGGUGACCCUGAACCACAGGUUCACUGAGUCUGCCGUCAGCAGGAGAGCCCCAUAUUCUGCACGGACUUCCAAGCCUGGUUCCAGAUAUAGAGACGGUCGCAGCUGCAAGUUUCCUCAGUACCACUCGCUCAACGACCCUCACCUUUUCAACUACUACCUCAGGAAGUUUGGGUUUCAGGAACAGCCACGCCGUCUUUCUAACUCCAGAAGCGUACUGCUUCCACAAUCAUCAAACUCGAGGCGUGACCUGUCCAGGACUGGAUCCCAAGCAGACGGUGAUGUUUUGUACAAAGUGACGGUACAAACAGGCAAGAAAAGGGAAGCAGGGACUGAUGCCAAGGUUUUCCUGCAAAUGAAAGGAUCAAAAGGAAAAAUGAACAAAAAGCAACUGUGGAAGAGUUCUGUGUCAAAACAAUUGGAUGGGACAAAAGCAUUUCAGUUUCACCGCGGAUCAUCGCACACGUUUAAAAUCUGUGGGCCAGAUAUAGGGGAGCUCCAGAGCAUCAUAUUAGAGCACAACGGUCUGGAAAAGCGGCAUGCGUGGUAUGUUGAAGAUGUUUCCAUCACAAGUACGAUCCGGAAGAAGACAUGGAGAAUUCCGUGCAGGAGCUGGCUCUCGCUGUUUCACAAUGAUUGCCAAUUGAGUCGCACUUUCUCUCCCCUCACUGGGAGAUGCAAUGACUACACAGUUUACGAAGUGGUGACUGUGACAGGAGAUGUCCGGGGAGCUGGAACCGAUGCCAAUGUAUUUGUCACUCUCUUUGGCGAGUUUGGAAUUACACCAAAGGUACAUCUGACCAGCAAGUGCAGAACAGCCUUUGAAAAGAACAAAACUGAUGUUUUCCGAAUCAAGACCAACAAUGUGGGCCCACUAAAGAAAGUAAGGAUCGAACAUGACAACACAGGAAUGAGUGCCAGUUGGUUCUUGGAUCGGCUUGUCAUCACUGACAUGAAUCGCCCUCAUCUCCGUUUCUACUUCCCCUGUAACCAGUGGCUGAGCAAGGAGGAAGGAGAUGGUCUCUACGUCCGUGACCUGCUUGGCAGUUUGAACCCAAUGGAUGUACCUAAACUGAACAAAUACAUUGUGAGUGUCUUCACUGGUGAUGUCAAAGGCAGUGGCACAGAUGCUGACGUUUUCAUUAACAUUUUCGGUGAAAAUGGGGACACAGGGGAGAGACGACUGGACAAUGACAAAGACAACUUUGAAAGAGGAAAUGAAGACAAGUUCACUAUCGAAGCACCCAACCUUGGACGUCUGAAGAAAAUUACCAUUGGUCACAAUGGCAAAGGUUCCUCAGCCGGGUGGUUUCUGGACAAGGUAAUCAUUGAUGACAUUGGAAAUAAAACAGUGGUGGAGUUCCCUGUAAACCGAUGGUUUGCAGUGGAUGAAGAUGACGGUAAAAUUCAACGUGACAUUUUAGUUGGAGGAAGUCAAACAACAGGGAUUGUUUACAAUGUUUCCGUUGUAACUGGGAACAUCAGAGGAGCUGGGACCAACUCCAAAGUGCACAUCAUCCUCCAUGGAUCGAAAGGUCUUAAAAACAGCGGGAAGAUCUUCCUGGAAGGAGGGCAGUUUGAGCGUGGAUUGACAGACAUAUUUAACGUGGAGAUCGCUGCUCUCUUGAGCCCCCUCAGCAGGGUCACCAUUGGUCACGACAACGGUGGAGUCAGUUCAGGGUGGUUCUGUGAAAAGGUCGUUGUUUACUGCCCGUUCACUGGGAUCGAGCAGACCUUCCCCUGUCGCAAGUGGCUGGACGAAGAUGAAGGAGAUGGACUCAUUGAACGUGAACUAUAUGAAAUGGUUUCACUGCGACAAAAGAGACAGAAAAAGCAUCCGUGGUCACUGUGGAUCUGGACCAGCGAUAUUAAGAAUGCCGGAACGGAUGCCAAUGUCUUUCUGCAGCUGUAUGGUGACAAAGGAAAAUCAGACGAGAUGUGUCUGGACAACAACUCAGACAACUUUGAAACUGGCCAAACAGAUAAGUUUAUGAUUGAACUCCCAGACCUGGGAACAUUUUACAAACUCCGGAUCUGGCAUGAGAAACGUCAUCCCUUUGCUGGGUGGCAUUUGAACAAAGUGACUUUAAUGAAAUCACUGACAAAAGAGAAGUAUAAUUUCAGAUGCAGUCGGUGGCUUGACAUCAAUGAAGACGAUAAUGAGAUUAUACGGGAGCUGCCUGCUGAAGGGGACCUGGUGGAUGAGGUCCAGCCCUUGGUGAAGUACAGGAUCAUCAUUUACACUGGCACUGUCAGCGGCAGUGGCACGGAUGCCAACGUCUUCAUCUGCCUGAUCGGCGCUCAGGGUGACUCAGGAGAUCGCAUGCUCUACGACAGCAAAAAUAACGUCAAUAAAUUUGAGAAAGGCAACGCAGAUGAAUUUGUCAUUGAGGCUGUCAGUCUGAAGAAGGUGAUGAGGGUGAGGAUCGGACAUGAUGGUAGAGGCGGGAGCUGCGGCUGGUUCCUCGACAAGGUGGUUGUGAAGGAAGAAGGUGCUCCCGAGUCGCAAGCUGUGGAAUUCCCCUGUUACAGGUGGCUGGACAAGAGCGAAGAUGAUGGACAGAUUGUCCGUGAACUCGUUCCAUCUGGAGAUGCACAGAUGCUGAAAAAUAUCUGCUACCAUAUCAUGGUGAAGACCGGGAAUGUGUCCGGAGCCAGCAGUGACUCUAAAGUUUUCAUCAAGCUGUACGGAGAGAAGGGAGACACCAGCAAGCAGCCCCUCGUCACCUCCGACAACAACCUGGGCAAUUACUUUGAACAGGGACAGGUGGAUGUUUUCAUCAUAGACACGAUGAACAUCGGAACACUAAAGCGUCUGCUAAUUGGACAUGAUAAUGCAGGACUACGAGCCGGCUGGUUCCUGGACAACGUUCGGAUCAAGGUUCCAGCCCAUGGAAAGGAAUACAUGUUCCCGGCUCACCGGUGGCUCUGCAAGGAUGAAGCAGAUGGCAAGACUGAGGUCGAGAUAUACCCCAGUGAGAUCACGGAGAUUGAAAAAUUAAUAAACUACCAAGUGGAGGUGUGCACGGGAGAUGUCACUGGAGCCGGUACUGAUGCUAAAGUCUUCAUCCAGAUGUAUGGAAAACUCGGGAAAACUGAAUUAAUCCGUCUCCAUAGUCGUUCAGACAAUUUUGUCCGAGGAGAAACAGAAAUGUUUAAGAUUGAGGCAUUGGAUGUGGGCAGAUUGGUAAAACUACGUGUGGGCCAUGAUGGGAGUGGUAUUGCUCCAGGCUGGUUCCUGGACUGCAUCAGGAUCAGCCGUCUGAAGCUCCAGACUGUGGAGGAUGACAAAAAGAAGAAGAAGAAGAAAAAGAAGGUAGAGGAGGAUGUGAAUGCCAUACCAGAGGAAGUGGUGGAGACCUACACUUUCAACUGUCAACGCUGGCUGGCCAGCGACGAGGGAGACCGACAGCUGGUGGUGGAACUCCUGCCAGAAGAUGCUGAGGACCUGGAAGAGAACUCGUACACUGUCCAUGUGUUUACUGGGAAUGUCCUCGGUGCAGGAACAGAUGCGAAUGUCUUCAUUAACAUUUACGGUGAGACAACUGACACAGGAGAACGACACCUCAAGAGGUCAAAUCAUCUCAACAAGUUUGAAAAAGGACAGGAAGAUAUAUUCAUGGUCAAAGCCAUUGACUUGGGGACAUUAAAGAAAGUCCGAAUUCGGCACGAUAACGCAGGGGGGUAUGCAGCCUGGUUCCUGGACCGGGUGGAGAUCGUCGAUGAGAAGGAUGACACCAGGUAUUUCUUCCCGUGUGAGCGAUGGUUAGCUGUUGACGAGGAUGACGGCCAGAUAGCCAGGGAACUGGUUCCUGUCGACGAGGCAUUCCUGAAUAACGAUAUGGACACAGACGGACAGGCUCAGGCAACGCUAGGCUUGGAGCAAAAAGCUCAGUCCACCACCUACAAUGUGAAGAUAAAAACUGGCGAGAAAAAGAACGCAGGGACAGAUGCCAAUGUAUUCAUUAUCCUGUUCGGUGAGAAGGAUGACACAGGAAUUGUCAAUCUCAAGGCAUCAAAAACUCAUAAAAAUAAGUUUGAAAAGGGAAAUAUUGAUGAGUUUACUAUUGAGGCUGUGGACAUUGGUGCGCUGAAGAAGAUCCGAAUAGGACACGAUAAUUAUGGGGGAUGUGCUGGCUGGUUUCUGGACUGGGUGGAAAUCGAUGCCCCAUCACUCGGACAAUUGCUGCGAUUCCCAUGUGGCCGUUGGCUGGAUAAAGCUGAGGAUGAUGGGUACAUAGUAAGGGACCUCUUCCCUGCAGACCUGCAGACCAAAGACUACACUCCAUUUGUCCCCUAUGAAAUCACCGUACGUACCUCUGACAUACAUGGGGCAGGAACAGACGCUGAUGUCUUCAUCGUCCUGUACGGCAGGGAUGGCAUCUGCACUCACCAGAAGUCACUGUGCAUGAACAAGCGAGAGCGGAAGAUGUACUUUAAGAGAGGCGCUGUGAAUAAGUUCAUCAUAGAGUUGGAAGAUGUUGGGGAGUGCAUCGAGAAGAUCCGAAUUGGGCAUGAUGGACGAGGCAUCAACUCUGGGUGGCAUUUGGAUAGCGUGGAGAUCCGGAGGUUGCUCUCCAAGGGGAAGGGCUCAGAAACGAUAGUGUUUCCCUGUGAACGGUGGCUGGCAAAGUCCGAAGAUGAUGGAGAAAUCAUCCGAGAACUGGUUCCCUUGGAGAUUAUUCAGAAAAAGCUGCUGAAAGACGGCACGUUGAAGCAGACUGAACAAACCCUGGAUGAUGCCCUGGAGACUCACAAAUAUAAGAUUUCUGUCUACACGGGUGAUGUCUACAGAGCGGGGACAGAUGCCAAUGUCUUCAUCACCAUUUACGGAGACCUGGGUGACACCGGUGAACGGAAGCUCAGUAAAUCUGACUCGCACGCCAAUAAGUUUGAACGAAACCAGGUUGAUACCUUCACCUUGGAAGCCGUAGACCUUGGCCAAAUAUACAAGAUCAAGAUUCGCCAUGACAACACCAUGGCGAGCCCUGACUGGUUUUUGGAGAAGGUGGAAGUAGUUGAUAUGGACCUAGAGGAGAACUACCUGUUCAUGUGUGAGCGCUGGCUUUCAAAGACCAAGGAGGACAAGAGCAUUGAAAGGAUAUUGUACGCCAAGGGAUAUGAAGGGGAUCGGAUCAGUGUUCACAGCUCUGCUAAAAGCCCAUAUGGUUCCUCCCUGAGUCUCCGGAAUCUGAACAACUCUGCCCUCAGCAAGAAGGGCAAACGGAAAAGUAUUCUUGAAGACACCAUUGAGGAAGGCCCAACCAUCCCCUACCAAAUCUCCAUCACCACUGGCCCGGAACGAGAUGCAGGUACCACCAGCCGAGCUUACAUCAUCAUCAUGGGGCCACAGAAGGUUCACACCGCUCGGAUGUGGCUCCAACUUCCUGAAGGCAGGAAUGGAUUUAAGCCCGGGUCAGUGGAAAAGUUCCAAAUGAUGGGUUUGGAUGUUGGAGACAUCAAGAAAAUUGAGCUGGGUCACGAUGGCGCGACCCCAGAGAGCUGCUGGCUAGUGGAUGAAAUGGAGAUCACCGUGCCCACCAAAGGCAUCAUGUACAUCUUUCAGUGCAAGUGCUGGCUGGCCAGGGACCGAGGGGAUGGGCUGACAGCGAGGGUCUUCAGCAUUCUUGAUGCAGAAACUAUCCAAGUUGGCCAGAAGGUGCCUUAUGAAGUAACUGUUGUCACUGGUGACACUCCAAGUGCAGGAACUGAUGCCAACAUUUACAUGUCAGUCUUUGGGGCCAACGGGACAACGGAGGAGAUGCUCCUUGAGAAGAAUGGUGACAGGUUUGAGAGGGGUCAGGAGGACACCUUCAACAUGGUGAUUGCCGACAUUGGGCCGCUCAGAAAAAUAAGGAUUCGCACUGAUGCUAAAGGAUGCCGUUCUGACUGGUUCCUGGAUAAGAUCUUCAUGCUGAAUCAGAACACAAAUGAGAUGACCACUUUUACAUAUAACGACUGGCUAUCAAAGACACGUGGCACCAAACGGUUGACUACCUGUGAGCUUGCUGCUGUAGUGGAUGAGGAGGCGAUGGUGGAGAAAACAACCUACGUCAUUAGUGUGAAAACCAGUGAUAUCUCAGGAGCAGGAACUGAUGCUAAUGUGUUUCUCAUCAUCUUUGGAGAGAACGGGGACACCGGCACCCUGGCGUUGAAACAGUCCAACAAUUCCAACAAAUUUGAGAGGAAAGCUUUGGAUGUCUUUAAGUUUGUGGAUAUGCUGAGCCUGGGAAACCUGUCCAAGGUCCGAAUAUGGCAUGACAACAAGGGCCCAGCAGCCGGGUGGCACCUGGAUUUCAUCGAGGUGAAGGAUGAGAGCAUGGAAGAAACAUUCCGAUUUCCUUGUGACCGCUGGCUUGCCAAGAGCGAGGACGAUGGCCAGAUCCUUCGUGAACUCCCCUGUGCCAACAAUGACAUCCUGGACCUUUCAGAACGCACACGCUAUGAGAUCCUUGUUGUGACCAGUGACAGAGAUGAUGCUGAGACAAAGGAGAAUGUGUGGAUUGUGCUGGAAGGGAAAAAGGGAAAAUCCAAGGAAUUCCUGCUAGAAAACUCAUCCAAGAAGAAGAAGUUCCUGAGGGGGGCAAAGGACAAAUUUGAAUUUUCUUCAAAAAACGUUGGUGACAUCGCAACAAUUUUAGUGGGUCACUGUCCGCGAGAUGGGCGGAGAGUCACUUCGAAAGGUGACAUGGACUGGCGCGUCCAGCAGAUCAUUGUCACAGAGAAAGAGCUUGGAAACAACUACAUCUUUGAGUGCAAUGCAAGAGUAAAGCUCAGCCACAAAAGGGAUGAUUGCCAGGUGUUUGAGUGCACAAAGGUAUUGGAGAGUUUUGCCAGCAAGGUACGCAGUCUAGUACCCGUCAAAUAUGAAAUUAUCGUACUCACUGGUGACGUGAAGGGUGCUGGAACUGAUGCCAAUGUCUCCAUAACCAUUUAUGGCACAAACGGUGACUCAGGCCUUCGUAGGCUGAAGCACAGAUUCCGGAAUCUCUUUGAGCGCGGCAACACUGACCGUUUCAUUCUGGAAAUGCUGGAUUUGGGGGAAUUGACCAAGGUGAAAAUUGAGCAUGACAAUGCCAACGCAAAUGCUGGCUGGAUGCUGGAACGUGUUGAGAUUACCAAUACCGCUACCGGUGUCACCACCAUUUUUCCAUGUGGCAAAUGGCUGGACAAGAAGAGAGGAGAUGGGCUGAUAUUCAGAGAGUUAUACCCUAAGUAUUAACCUGUGGCAGGAACAUUCCCUCCUCUCUGUGGAAGCCUCUCUUCCAAUGAGGAUACAGACACCUGCCGAGGUGGACCCACAGACAACAUACCCUAGCAGUGGCUUUAAUAGAUGAUCAUUAGCAGAAAAGCAUAAGCAGAUGAUUUAACACCAAAUUUAUUCUUAUCAAGUUCCUAUGAGGUAUGCAGUAUCAGUUUGGGAAGCUCCGAUCAUGCACAUGGCAACCUGGGAUAUGGGGACAGUAGGGAAAAUGCUUACCAUCUCCAAACAGAGCGAAUUGGGAUUGAAUGGACAACCUCUGGUCCGGCUUUGUUGUGGUUCGGAGAUCCUUGAGCCAAACAAGAUCCAUCAUCUUCUUCAUUUCUAAAGUUUGUCCCCUCCUCCUCAAUCUGUUCAUACACUUGGCAGAAGAGAGCUGAGUAUCUUCCAGUAUUGAGUGGUCCGCUGAAGGGCAGUUUCUCUAAAACUGGCUCGACCACACUCAGAGAACUGUGCUGAGUUCUGGUUGCCUCAUUACAGGAGGUUGUGGAAGCUUUAGAGAGGGUGCAGAGGGGAUUUACCAGGAUGCUGCCUGGAUUAAAGAGUAUACCUUAUGAAGAUAGGUUAAGUGAACUAGGGUUCAUCUCUUUGGAGCAAAGAAGGAUGAAAGAUGACUUGAUAGAGGUAUACAAGAUGAUAAGAAGCAUAGAUCCAGUAGAUUACCAGACUUUUUCCCAGAGUGACAAUGGCUAAUAUGAGGGGAUAUCAUUUCAAUGUGAUUGGAGGAGAGUAUGCAGGGGACGUUAGAGGUACCUUUCAUUAAAAAGAGAGUGGUAGGUGUAUGGAAUCUGCUGUCAUAGGUGGUGAUAGAGGCAGAUACAUUAGGGACAUUUAGAAAGUUCUUAGGCACAUGAUGACAGAAGAAUGGAGGGUUAAGUGAGAGGGAAGGGUUAGAUUGAUCUUAGAGUAGGUUGAAAGUUUGACACAAAGGCUUUAUGUGAUGUUUUAUAUUCUUGGUCUAAUUUAGACAGGAACCUUCCCUUGACAUCCUACGACUCCUCUGAUCUCCCUCAAUACUUCAUUUCAUACACCUCCCACUCAACCCAAGGUCUGUUUCAACUCAAACUCAAGUCUUUCAAACUUCCAAAAGCUGGCCUGAUAGGAAUCUUGAACUGUUUGUUAUUGGUUGGUUGUUAUCUUAGCCAAAAUUGGUUCACUCAGCACAACAAUGGACAGAAGCAUUUUCCAGCAGGGGCCUCACAUGUGACGCCAGUUACCACCAAGCUUCUCAAGUGGGAGGGAAAGGAGGAGAAUCAAAAAGUUAUCCAAAUUCACCUUGGAUUUGUCCCCAAGGAAGUCAGGGAGACUGAAAUACUGAAGGCCAUCCUAGCCCUUUCUAUAAUUUAUCUCUUAUGGAAUUAAUUUCAUUAGUUCUAUAACUGAUGAGAUUAAUUUGCUGAUUAAUUGAUUGUAAGUUUUGCCAAUUACUGCUUUGUGUGACAGCACACAAUACGAGAAGCAGGCAAGCCAAACAAUUCUUGUUAAGUCACAGAACCUCAGAAUCCAGUAGAAUGCUUCGGACAUAAUGUUGAAGAAAAGAUGUCUUCAUUAAAAAGACCUUCAACCCCAGAGUCCCCAAACAAUCUGAAAUGUUAUUUCAGAAGCCAGAGGCCUAGGUAGCAUGAACAUGGAGAGGAUGCUUCCUAUAGAUGAGUUUAGGACCAGAGAGCACAGCCUCAGAAUAGAGGAACGUCCAUUUAGAUGAGAGACAAGGAGGAAUUUCUUUACUAGAGGACAGUGAAUCUGUGGAAAUCAUUGCCACAGACAGCUGUGGAGGCCAAGUCAUUGAGUAUAUUUAAAACGGAGGUUGAUGGGUUUGUGAUUAGUCAUAGUGUCAAAGGUUAUGGAGAGAAGGCAAGAGAAUGGGGCUGGAAGACGUAAUAAGAACUUAUGGAGAACAUCCUCAGAAGAUGGUGAGAGUUUGAAAUGAGCUGCCAGCACAAGUGGUGGAUAUGAUUUUGAUUUCACCAUUUAAGGGAAAUUUGGAUACGUACGUGGAUAGGAGGGGUACAGAGGGCUGUGGUCGAUGGGAUUAGUCAGAUUAAUAGUUUGUCAUGGAUGAGAUGAGUAAAGGGCCUGUUUCUGUGUUGUAGUUUUCUAUGAAUAGGUACACUACUGAGAUCACCUGGAGCUGGUUAAAUGUGUGUCACUAGGCUGGGUGGCAGGAAGUGAGUGAAACUGUUGGGAAAGUGAGUUGGGGAGAGGUGGAACUCCUGGGAAAGUGAGUGGGGGAGAGGUGGAACUCGGGGGAAAGUGAGUGAGGGAGAGGUGGAAUUCAUGGGAAAGUGAGUGGCGGAGAGGUGGAACGGGGGAAAGUGAGUGGGGGAGAGGUGGAACUCGGGGGAAAGUGAGUGAGGGAGAGGUGGAAUUCAUGGGAAAGUGAGUGGCGGAGACGUGGAACGGGGGAAAGUGAGUGGGGGAGAGGUGGAAUUCAUGGGAAAGCGAGUGGGGGAAAGGUGGAACUGAUGGGAAAACGAGUACAGGAGAAGUGGAAUUCAUGGGAAGGACUGGGACUCAGAAUUUGGGUUCUUUUCAUUGACAAAUGUUGGGAACUGUGUUCCUCUGUAGUGGCAGUACAGUGCAAUACAAUUACUAUGAGUUACAAUAAAUUAAAUAAAUAAUGGAAAAGAAGAACAGUGGGAUAGUGUUCAUGGACCAUUCAGAAAUCUGAUGGCAGAGGGGAAGAAGGAGUUCCUGAAUCAUUGAGCAUGUGUCCUUGUGCUCUUCAUUAGGAGUUUGAGAUUUGAUACGUCACCUCAGACUAGCAAAUUUCUACAGAUGUAUCGUGGAGAGCAUUGCGUCCCUGUCUGGUAUGGCGUGGCUACUGAAAAGGCUGCAGAAAGUUUGUUAUCUCAGCCAGCUCCAUCAUGAGCAUGAGCCUCCCCAGCAUCCAGGUCAAGUUCAAAAGGCAAUGCCUCAAAAAUGCAGCAUCCAUCAUUAAGCACCUCCACCACCCAGAACAUACGUUCCUCUCACUGCCACCAGUAAGGAGGUGGUAAGGGUCUUGAAGACACACACUCAGUGUUUGAGGAACAGCUUUUUCCCUCCGCCAUCAGACUUCUGAAUGGACAAUAAACACUGCCUCCUUUUUGCACGAUAUGUUUAUUGUAUCUCGCUCUGUGCUGCAGCUGCAAAUGUCAUGAUCUGUCAGUGAUAUUACACCCGAUUCUGCUUGGGCUAAUCAGAGAAAUGUCCCUGUAUGCUUGGGUGAGUGGGUCACUGCCUGGUUGAACACAACGCAGCACCGGUCAGUAUCAUCCAACUGCUUGUUUUACAGCCUCCUUUUUACUAACAAGAAAAUAAAAGCAUGUCUUUGAUAUCCCAUAAUAA